CGUACUGUAGCGUUAUAUGGUUGUUUGGAGACGGGGGUAGGAUAACAAUCUCAUUUUGAAACCCAUCUUGCACGGCCCCCAUGUAUGCAUGUACCGGCCUGUGUGGAUGAGGUCCGGAUUGGUGAUGAACCAUUGGCGGGACGAGCAAGAAGCAUUUCUGAAAUUCAAAACGGGAUGCGAUAUUGUUGACGAGGAGAAGCGGCUAGAGUCAAUAGCAGGGUUUUAUGUUCUUCCAACCUCUGAACUGACGUCUGUAUUUUUAUUUCCUGGUAUCUGUUGCCAAUAGUUUACUGCAGGGACCUGCAGUCAAAUUG